GCAAGCAAAAGGGUGAGAGAGGAAGAGCAAAGAGUUCACAAUGGAGAGGAAAGUCACAGAGGCAAUACUUGUUUUGCUCGUCUCUCUGAUGGUAGCUGUCUUGGGCAUUGAAGGAGGAAGAAAGUUGCCUAGGAAAGAUGGCAUCUACAGUCCCCAGCAUCUGCUUGGUUUGGGAGGCCCUUUUGGACUUGGCUGGCCAUUUCCCUUGCCAUUUACAUUCUUUAAGCCCUGGCUUGGAGGAUGCUGUAGUUUGCUUCCUUGUCUUGGGGCAUACAAAGCUUAAGAAAUAACUAAAUGUGGUGCCAGCAGCGUCAUUGCUCACUCCUCAUGCUCAUAAUGGAAUGCAGACAAUGGUUUUUGUAGAUAUUAAUAAGUGUGUACUAGGGGCACUGGCUUCUUGCUAAAGUUUGCUCUGUUAGUUGUGGUUAACAAGUGAUGGUUCUACCAAUGUUGUUGUAAUGGCUUAGCACAUGAAUAAAAAUUGUCUCCUCUCUUCAUCCUCACUCUCAAUAAUAACUAUUGCAUUGCAGUACAAUUCACGACACCCUCCAGAUGCCAUUUUCACAUGUUUUAUCAGUUAAUGAACAUAAGCAUAGCAUGCUAUGCAGGCAACAAAACAUGGUUAACCUAAUUGUACUAAGAUAUCCAUGCAUGUGUACAAUUGAUUAAACAGACAUGCACGUAUAAAGCUAGAUUUUCAUUCAUCCAACAUGUAGGUGCUUUUGAAAUGAUUAAUGGAAAUGACCAUCCACUAAACAUGGUAGUGACGGUGCAACAAGUUAGACAAUUUUCAAAGUUCACAAAGUUAAGAGUCCCAUUGACAUGCCAAAAGCACUGUUCCAUUCUCUUCUUGUUGCAAAACAGUUUUCAUCAUCCCUGUCACAACUCAUAGAGAGGAAAACCUAUCAGCAAUUAAAACAAAGCACAGAUAUUCCA